CAAAUAUGAAGAAACUUCUGAACUUCCUCAUGACCACAGGACUGCAUAAGAAAAUAUCGAGGAUUCUCUAAGGACUGUGAGUAACAUCCAGUAGGUGGCAGCAAUACGCCAGUGAUGCGUCUAGUCCGCCUAAUUCAAUGAGGAAGAAGAAAGUAACUCAGUGUUUCUGCCGGAACUUCACAGUGUGACACCCGGCGGAUGUAAACAAAGAAGCAUGAGCAGAGUUAGCUUCACUGCUGUGUGGACUGAGCUAUAAAACGGCUGUAUUAUAGUAAGAAUGAGAAAUAUCAGAGCGAUAAAGUAACGAUGUGUUCAGUUGAGUAUCUGAGAGAAUUGAUCAGCGACAGACUAGCUGCUGCUGCUGGAGAAAUAUUCACAGAGUUUGAAAAAAACAUCGUCCAGUACCAGGAGGAGAUCGAUCGUCAGCGCAGACUGCUGGAUGUCAUCUGGAAACCACGCAUCCCCUUACAACCCAUAGAGCUCCCACAGUCUUAUGUCUGUGAGAAUGAGAAGACUGUCGUUGACCAUCAGCCCCAUGACCAGGAGAGAAACUCCAUGGUGGACCAUGAGGACUCAGAGCCUCUACGGAUUAAAGACCAGCAGGAGGAACUCUGCACCAGUUGGGACCAAUCAAACCCAGAGAUUUCUCAAAUUAAAAUGGAACAGGAAGAAUUGUGCACCAGUCUGAACCAAUUAUACCCAGGGUUACCACAAAUUAAAGUGGAACAGGAUGAACGCUGCUCCAGUCACGAGGAAGAGUUAAUUGGAUUGAAACAGGAGACUGAUACCUUUGAGGUGACUCCUGCUGAUGAGGAAAGCGACCACAGUGAACCAAAACCAAACAGUGAUCAGCUCCUGUUUCACAUCUCUUGUGUAGCUGAGAGCCCAGAUCAGGAAGGAAGCAAGGAUGUAGACUCAGGAUCAACUAGAUGUAUCGAGCAGAAACCAAGACAUCAGAGUAACAACAGUCCCAGUAAUGAUGUAGACAAUGCUCCAACAUCAGAAAGACAGUGUGAUAAUAACAAGGCAAGAAAAUCUGCAACAUGCGAGGUCUGUGGAAAAGCUUUUAGGCAUAAAUCAAAUUUAAUUAUACAUCACAGAACCCACACAGGUGAGAAGCCGUAUUCUUGUGAAACCUGUGGGAAAAGCUUCAGUCAACGGACCCAUUUGACUGAACACAUGAGACUUCACACAGGUGAGAAGCCAUAUUCUUGUGGAACCUGUGAAAAAAGCUUUAGUCGACGGGCCCAUUUGACUGCCCACAUGAGAUGUCACACAGGUGAGAAGCCAUAUUCUUGUGGCACAUGUGGAAAAAGCUUUAGUCGACGGACCCAUUUGACUGCCCACAUGAGAUGUCACACAGGUGAGAAGCCAUAUGCUUGUAACACUUGUGGAAAAAGAUUUUCUGAUUCAUCAGCACAUAAUAGGCACAUGGCAGUUCACAAAAUGGGAAAGCCAUAUUCUUGUGGAACCUGUGGAAAAAGCUUCAGUCACCGGCGCUGUUUGACUGACCACAUGAGAUGCCACACAGGUGAGAAGCCAUAUUCUUGUGGAACCUGUGGAAAUAGCUUCAGUCAACGGGGCUCUUUGACUGUCCACUUAAGACGUCACACAGGUGAGAAGCCAUAUUCUUGUGGAACCUGUGGAAAAAGCUUCAACCGUAGUUAUCGAUUAAAAGUCCACAUGAGAAUCCACACAGCUGAGAAGUUGUGAUCCUGAAACAUCUGUGGAAAACAUAAUGUCAGAACUAAGCUUGAAACAACAUGGAAGAAUUGGUACAGGUAAAAAGUAGAUGUUUUAGAUUUAAAGCACCUUUAGUCUGUCCUUCAACAACAAUUGUGAGGAAGUAUGUAAGCAAUCCUUGAUGAUUAGACCAGAUGGAGUCUGGACUGUGGUGGUGGUGGAGCAGACAGAAGAACCAAACUGAAUGUCUGGAUGGAUAUGGUAUUGGUACAGACUGCUACAUUUCUGCGAUCAUGACAUCCUUCAUCAGCAGAGCAGUGAUUGGAGAUAUUGUGAAGCUGUUUGGAACAUUUUCACAUUCUGCUGAGAGAACAUGACUGUUCAGGUGUGAACAUACAGGGUGACCCAAAAGUUUGGAAACAAAUGAAAAGUCUAUAAUCCAAAUAAUAUAAUGUUAUUUCAAUAAAUCAGUACCACAGAUAUAUUCAGAAGAGUAUCAGAUUAGUGUAAAACAAACAUAUUUCGACAUGUUCAUGUUUGUUUCUUAUACAAGGUUGUGAACGUUUCCACCACCUGGUUACACUGGUAUCUUCUGGAAUGUACCUUCAUUCACGCUUAUGAAGGUUCCUCAAACUGGCCAGUAAAUGUUGCCUCAUAGUACUUUUGGAUGUUUAAAAAAAUUAAAGCUGUCAGAUACUUUACCAUCAAGAGUUUUGAAAUCUGACACUGAUGGUCUGCAUUUUGAAGUUAUGCUCCAGCAUACCUGGACCUUAUGGUUCUAUUAAUUUUCUUUCGAGUUAUUGCACUCGGCAGAUACUAUGCUUUUAAGUUAUUUUAUUAUGCCAUAACAAAAAUGGGUAAAAUAAGAGUGAAUUCAUGCACCCCCAACUGAAAUAGACACUGCAGUUAAACUUUGUUUCCAAACUUUUGGGUCAUCCUGUAUAUAUCAUCCUAAAGAGAGGUAUAAAAAAAUACAUAGUUAAUAAUAAGAAUUGUGCUUAUUGUAAAUGUAAAUUAACUCUAUUCUGUUCUAGUCUAGCUCCUUGUUAUAUAUACACUGCUCAAAAAAAUUAAAGGAACACUUUAAAAUGACAUAUUUCAAUACGGGGGAAAAACAAACUGGCUAUUAGCAUUGAUAUGGACUGGAUAAUGUGUUAGGAAUGAAAAGUGCCACAUUGUUUGAUGGGAAUGAAAAUUAUCAACCCCCCAGGAGGGCUAAAUUCAAGACACCCCAAAAUCAAAGUGAAAAACUGAUGUGGCAGGCUGGUCCAUCUUGCUGAAAUUCCUUGGCAGCAACUCAAAAUGGUAUUCAGUAGUUUGUAUGGCAUCCAUGUGCUUGUAUGGAUGACUGACGAUGCCGGGACAAGCUCUGAAUGAGACGAUGGAUGGUGUCCUUAGGUAUCUCCUCCCAGAACUGGACCAGGGCAUCGCUGAGCUCCUGGACAGUCUGAGGAGCAACCUGAUGGUGUCGGAUGGAACGAAACAUAAUGUUCCAAAGGUGUUCUAUUGGAUUCAGGUCAGGUGAGUGUGGGGGUCAGCUAAUGGCAUCAGUUCCUUCAUCCUCCAGGAACUGCAUGAGUUCUCUUACCACAUAAGACUGGGCUUUGUCGUGCACCAGAAGGAAUCCAGGACCACUGCACCAAUGUGGGGUCUGACAAUGGGUCAAAGGAUUUCAUCCUGAUACCUAAUGACAGUCAGAAUGCCAUUGUCCAGCCUGUAGAGGUCUGUGCGUCCCUCCAUGGAUAUGCCUCCCCACACCAUCACUGACCCACCACCAAACCGGUCACACUGAACAAUGUUACAGGCAGCAUAACGUUCUCCACGGCUUCUCCAGACCCUUUCAUGUCUGUCACAUGCGCUCAGGGUGAACCUGCUCUCAUCUGUAAAAAGUACAGGGCACCAGUGGUGGACUUGCAAAUUCCUGUGUUCUAUGGCAAAUGCCAGCCGAGCUCCACGGUGCCAGUCAGCGAGCACAGCGGGCACUAGAGGACGCUGGGCCCUCAGACCACUCUCAUUACAUCUCUUUCUGAUUGUUUGAUCAGAGACAUUCACACCAGUGGUCUGCUGGAGCUCAUUUUGUAGAGCUAUUGCAGUGCUCAUCCUGUUCCUCCUUGCACAAAGGAGCAGAUAGCUGUCCUGCUGAUCGCUGACCUUCGACAGCCCUGUCCAGCUCUCCCAGACUAACUGCUUGUCUCCUGGAAUCUCCUCCAUGCGCUUGAGAAUGUGCUGGGAGGCACAGCAAACCUUCUGGCAAUGACACGCAUUGAUGUUUCAUCCUGGAGGAGUUGGACUGUCUGUGGAACCUCUGUAGGGUCCAGGUAUCGCCUCAUGCUACCAGAAGUGACACUUACCCUAGCCAAAUGCAAAACUAGUGAAAAACAGUCAGAAAAAAUAAGGAAGGAAAAAAAUAUCAGUGGCCUUCACCUGUAAACUCAUUCCUGUUUUGGGGGUUGUCUCAUUGUUACCCCUCUAGUGCAUCUGUUGUUAAUUUCAUGAACACCAAAACAGCUGAAACUGACUAAAAAGCCCCUCUGUUACUUACUUGACCAGAUCAGUAUCCCACAUGUUUCACUGAUUUGAUGCAAUACUUAGAUUAAAAAGUGUUCCUUUGAUUUUUUUUGGAGCAGUGUGUGUGUGUGUGUGUGUGUGUGUGUGUGUGUGUGUGUGUGUGUGUGUGUAAUAAAUUAAUCUUAAUAAGAAAUAAAAUAGAUUACAUUUACAAUUGCAUCUUUUGAUCUCAAAACAUUUUAUAUGUAUCCAGGCAUUUACAUUUAUAUAUGUAAUGGCUGAACUGAAAAGAUAUGGAGUAAUAGGCGUGCCAAAUCAAAAUAUAAAUAAAUAAAUAAAUAAAUGUGGAAAUAUAAAGAGAAAUAAAUAAUUAAAUAAAUAAAUGUGGAAAUAUAAAGAGAAAUAAAUAAUUAAAUAAAUAAAUAAAUAAAUGUGGAAAUAUAAAGAGAAAUUAAUAAUUAAAUAAAUAAAUAAAUGUGGAAAUAUAAAGAGAAAUAAAUAAAUAAAUAAAAAGGAAAAUUUUGUCUUUGCUUUUACCUUUUCUGUUUUUUCCCUUUUAUUUAUUUAUUUAUUUAUUUCUCUUUAUAUUUCCACAUUUAUUUAUUCAAUUAUUUAUUUCUCUUUAUAUUUCCACAUUUAUUUAUUUAUUUAUUUCCCUUUAUAUUUCCUCAGUCCACCAAGAAAAGGAAAAAUGCAAAUCAGUUUGCUCUGGGCGGGGAUUCUGAACACAGGAGUCCUGCCUGACACCAGCUCCCAGCACGGCUGAAGUGAAGCCAUGUCACCGUUGAGCUUCGGCUUAUUCUGCCACUGAUAAGAAAAUAAACAUUAAUUUACCGAAUUAGCAGCGUCCUUUCAGUGUCUGAUGGCAGAAUCAGCCGAAGCUCCACGGUGACACGGCUUCACUUCAGCCGUGGUCGGAGCUGGCGUCAGGAAAGAAGCCUGUGUGCGGGUACGACUCCCCACCCUGAAAGGAAGCCCCGCCCAGAGCAAACUGAUUUGCAUUUUCUAUUUCAUGGUGUCAGGCCAUUAUGAAAUAACCACCAAGAAAUAAAAUGCAAAUCAGUUUGCUUUCACUUGGUGGACUGAGCUGUCAAUCAAAUGGCUCUAGGCGGGGCUUCCUCGUCGUUCCUGAUCACAGGCAUAUGAAGAGUAGAUACGACACGCCUCUCUGAGCGGUGUCCCGACGGAGACGCUAAGCUAGUGGGGGCAAAGUUUCAGUGUUUUCCAUUGAUGUGUACGGCACGAAAAUUAAAACAAGAAGAAUGCCGGCUCAUUGUGCGGCAUACAGUUCCACACUACAUCGGACGAUCAAGACAAGGAAACUUGGAAUAACUUUCCACAGGUAAGAAUAGUUUUGGGCUCGUUUUUUAUUAUUAAAUCUUGUUGAGGGUCUAUGAGAGCUAACUAGUUAGCCAUUAGCAAAACACUAACAUGAGCUAACAGCUGGACAACCAAAUACCAGACGAUUAAUAGUAGCUGUAGUAUAGCUGUACAAGCAGUAAUACGAAAAGUACAAGCAGCAGUAGUAGUAUAAGUAGCUGUUAGAGUCGUAGACGGAGUAUCAGCAUGUGUAAUAGUGGUACAAGUUGUAGUAGCAGUGACAGUAUCAGCAGCAGUAGUUGGUGUAUUACCACUAGUAGUAGCAUUACUAUUAAUACCACCAAUACUACCAAUUGUAGUUAUAAAGCCUAACUCAUAUAUAUCCAGAUUAGCAUCUAUGUUCUUCCUCCAAACCCAUUUUAUGUUUGGGAUUACAGGCAAUUCUUUAGGACUGCUUUCAAAUAAUUGAAAUGUUACCAAACAAUGCUAUACGUAUCAAAUUAAAUAGCUUUGGUCUCCAGUAUAUUGGCUAAUUCAGUUCUUUGUACUUAAUUUAUUAGCAUGAUUUCUUUAUAAAUAUGUUGUUGUGUACAUACUUAUUUACUUCUCUGUCUACUUUUUCUUUACUCCAUGUAGGUUUCCCAAAGACUAUGGGUUGAGGAAGAAGUGGAAGCAGCUCUGAGGAGAGAGGGGUUUGCUGCAAGUAUAUAAUAGCCUAGAGAGAGAGAGAUAAAUAAUAUAUUAUUAAUAAUAAUUCUGUUUAUUGUAAUUGUGGUUGUCUUUAUGUUGCAUUUAUUGAGAUAAUUUGUCCUUGUUCCUUAUUACUGUAGCAUUGCUGUAACUACCUAUAAUUAUACAUUUCUAUUCAUAUUUUCACUGUGACUUUUAUAUACGGCAAAUCGUGAUCCAUGCAGGAGUGGAUGGAUUUAGCAGGCUCAUAGUUUACAUAGGAGCAGCUACAAACAACAAAUCCACCACUGUUCUGGUCAGCUGUUGCUCAGUAUGGCUUACCAUCUCAUAUGUUGUGUGAGAGUCCAAAUAAUGCUACCAAAACACAUGAAAUGUUAAAACAGAUACGUUUAGUUGUUUUGACAAUUGUUCUGAUGUGAUGUAAGCUUGUGAGGCUAAUACAUGCUUCAGAAGAAGGUUCACAACAGUUCUUGUUUUUGCUGCUGUCAGGCUCAAAUUGUUGUGUGUGACAUUUAACAUGUAACAGAAAUGUGGCGGCCUGUGAGUUGUUGUAAGAAGACCGUUUAAAGGUGAGAGUUGAGAGAGUGAAUUAAUGAAAUAGCUUAUUUUUAUGUGAAAGAUUCAAAAACGAUGGUUCAGGUUUGUGCAUUUCUGCGACAACAAAAUGUUUCCACACUUGUGGAAGACUGUCUUUGGAGAACAGUUGUAAUAUAAAUGUUUGGAAGUUAAAGAAAAUAAUUGUCAGUUCUAUUAAACGUUUUUAUUGGCACAUUGUUUUAAUGCUUUUAAAAGCUGUCAAACUAUUCAGCAUGCAAUAAAAGCAGUUUUAGAUCCCUUUGCUGUGUCUUUGUACAUUGUUGUUUUCAAAGGCAUUUAUUUGAAAUUCACAACUGGUCAUAAAAUUCUGCAACAAAAAUUUGCAGCAUUCUUUUGAGUCUUGUUCGUUUCAUUCUGAUUCUGUUAAGGUGAGUUGUGAUAUGUUCAGGUUUGUUGAAAAAUGUCCUUAAGAAUAUACACUGUAUCCAUGUAUGCCCGUAGUGCAGCAGAGAAAGGGACGGCCGGAUCAGGCAAUGAUGUAACUUCAGCCUGUGUAAGCUGCCGGGGUAGCUGUGCAUCAGGUACAGUGACGCCUUCUGGGUAUGGGGUGUGAGGUCCUGUCCAGUCUAUCCCAUAAUCAGCAGCAACCUGAAAGGAAAGCAUAAUUUGGAAGCAAGCUCUUCUAUUAAGAAAUGCACACUCCUCAAGUAAUAAAAAAAAAGUAAAUGAGAUUAGGGACUACAUGGUAUGGCAAAACUUGAUUUCAAAUGUGGGUUGGACAACAAGAUGUGCAAGGAGUAAAUUCAUGAACUAUAAAAUUGUAUAGAUAUUAUAGAUCUUAUUUUACUCCAUUGAAAUAUCUAUGCAUAUGUUUAUAUGUUAAAAUAUGUUAAAAAUACAGAAACUACAGGACCUGUCACAGCUCUAUAAAGAAUAGAUAUUAUUGUGCUACUAAACCAAGUAUAGCAUUUUUGAAAUGUCCAGGUUCUCCUAGCAGUGUUAGACAGCAUACAUCUACACUGUGUUUGUUAAAUAUGCUUUGGUAAUUUCAAUUUGUUAAAAAAAUCAAAUCUGGACUCUGAAUCAGAAAGUGAGAUCACACGCAUUAGAUUUUUUUCUCUGUCAAUUGAACCAUCCAGUACCAAAGUAGAAAUAAUAAAGUUAACAUAAACAAAUAUAAAGGAAGACAGGAAGGUAAAGGUACAAGAGGGGAUUCAUACCUCAACUGGAUCAGCAGCAUUUCCCUCACGGGGCUGACUAAGCCACAGUUGCAUGGGGGCUUGCCCUCUCUCUGCCCUCAAACUAUGGUGAGUCCAGGCUUCCUUGAAUGGCUGAAGAUGCUGCUGCAGCUGUGGGACGUAGGUCCAGUGGAGAGUGAAUAACUCCAGUUCAUUUUCAGGGUUUAGAAACCCUUCCACUUCCAAAUUGAGAAAUAGUGUGUGGAACAAGUCAAGGACAUUUCCAUACACAUCUCACCAUAAUCUUUCAAUUCUGUAGACGAAAAAAAACAAACAAAAAUAAUACAUAAUUACUCUAAAUUUUACAACUGCAUGUAUAUAACAGGAAUUUCCUUUCCAGUAUUUUAAAAAUAUAUCUGAUACUCAUGAUCGUAAUUAGUUACAUAACCAUGGAUCACCUUUGAUUAUGUACACUGCGUCCAGUGAUGUGGGAAUGUCGGCCUGUUCCUCUCUGGCUCACCAUGUAAUGGGCCACAGCAACAUUUUCCCCACCCUUGAGGAAGUUAAUAUAUAAACAGACAAAAGAAAAAAAGGAACACCAUUUUUCAAAAGUUCUGUUCUUUGGUACUUUUGUUGUUUCAAUGCAGGAGGGAGUAUUGUUGUUAAUGCAAUAUUUCACUUUACCUUAUCAGAUCUCACAAGAGAAUACUAGUGGUAGUAUUGGUGGUAUUAAUAGUAAUGCUACUACUAGUGGUAAUACACCAACUACUGCUGCUGAUACUGUCACUGCUACUACAACUUGUAAUACUAUUACACAUGCUGAUACUACUUCUACGACUCUAACAGCUACUUAUACUACUACUGCUGCUUGUACUUUUCGUAUUACUGCUUGUACAGCUAUACUACAGCUACUAUUAAUCGUCUGGUAUUUGGUUGUCCAGCUGUUAGCUCAUGUUAGUGUUUUGCUAAUGGCUAAACUAGUUAGCUCUCAUAGACCCUCAACAAGAUUUAAUAAUAAAAAACGAGCCCAAAACUAUUCUUACCUGUGGAAAGUUAUUCCGAGUUUCCUUGUCUUGAUCGUCCGAUGUAGUGUGGAACUGUAAGCCGCACAAUGAGCCGGCAUUCUUCUUGUUUUAAUUUUCGUGCAGUACACAUCAAUGGAAAACACUGAAACUUUGCCCCCACUAGCUUAGCGUCUCCGUCGGGACGCCGCUCAGAGGGGCGUGUCGUAUCGACUCUUCAUAUGCCUGUGAUCAGGAACGACGAGGAAGCCCCGCCUAGAGCCAUUUGAUUGACAGCUCAGUCCACCAAGUGAAAGCAAACUGAUUUGCAUUUUAUUUCUUGGUGGUUAUUUCAUAAUGGUCUGACACCAUGAAAUAAAAAAAUGCAAAUCAGUUUGCUCUGGGCGGGGCUUCCUUUCAGGGUGGGGAGUCGUACCGGCACACAGGCUUCUUUCCUGACGCCAGCUCCGACCACGGCUGAAGUGAAGCCGUGUCACCGUGGAGCUUCGGCUGAUUCUGCCAUCAGACACUGAAAGGACGCUGCUAAUUCGGUAAAUUAAUGUUUAUUUUCUUAUCAGUGGCAGAAUAAGCCGAAGCUCAACGGUGACAUGGCUUCACUUCAGCCGUGCUGGGAGCUGGUGUCAGGCAGGACUCCUGUGUUCAGAAUCCCCGCCCAGAGCAAACUGAUUUGCAUUUUUCCUUUUCUUGGUGGACUGAGGAAAUAUAAAGGGAAAUAAAUAAAUAAAUGUGGAAAUAAAAAGAGAAAUAAAUAAUUAAAUAAAUAAAUGUGGAAAUAUAAAGAGAAAUAAAUAAAUAAAUAAAAGGGAAAAAACAGAAAAGGUAAAAGCAAAGACAAAAUUUUCCUUUUUAUUUAUUUAUUUCUCUUUAUAUUUCCACAUUUAUUUAUUUAAUUAUUUAUUUAUUUAUAUUUUGAUUUGGCACUCCUAUUACUCCAUACUUGGCCUCUGGACCUAAAGAAUAUGAUAACUAAAAUUGCAGGUUACAUAUUGUAGGAAGCCUUUUUCAGUGUUUUUUUAGAUCACAUAUUUUCUAUUAAUAGUACAUGUUUUGACAUUGACAAUAAAGUAAACCACACGAAAAUCGGUUUAGAAAUUAGCAAAGUGUGAUAUAUUUUCAAUGUACAUGCAUUGCUUUGAAUGGGAACUUUGCCCCCUUCAAGAUGUCCGCCAUGUAGGUACGUCGCUUAGCCGGCUGCUACAGCGGGCUGGCGUAUCUACUCUUCAUGGGACUGUUUCACGAAGCAGGUUCAAGAAACUGAGUUUCAUCCUCAACUCUGAGUUGAUCUACUCUGAGAUAGAAAACUCUGAGUUUUCGGUUUCACAACGGCUGAUUUGAGUUGGUUUAAUCAACUCGGAGUAGUUUGACCCGGAGUUAAGGGUGUAACUUGGGUCUUCCAUUGGGGGGGUUAAACUCUGUGCCUGUUUAUUGGUAUUUACUGAAUCGUUUACUUUUGUAAAAGGAGUCGUGGUGAUUUGGCAUGCCUGUAUUAGAAAUACAUUAGUGAUUUACUUGAA